AGUCUACCCUCUUCACAGAAGCAGCAACAGCAGCAACAUCCGAGAGAGGCCACGAUGGAUGCUGCAGCGGCAGCAGCAGCAGCAUUCCGUUCUCAAGCAGCAAUAAACGACUCGAGGGCGUCCGAUGUCAUGCAUCGCUAUCAAGUGGCCUACCAACAACAGCAACAAUGGCAGCAGCAACUACAACAUCUUCAACGCUUUCUCCAAACAGCUACUCCAGAACAGCAACAACAGGUAAUGAUGAUGUUGUUUUCCCAGAUUCAACAGCAACAACAACGACAACAACAACAACAACAGCAAUCUCUUCAACAACCAGUGACAUCGACAAAUCGGCUUGCACAACCACCGCCAACCUUUCAUCACCACCACCAUCAUCACCAGCACCAAUCGUCAAUGCCAUCUUCCUUUGCACCACUACCACCACCGCCGGCACCACCAUCACAAUAUCGGAUGCAGAAUAGCGGAGACUAUGGCCAGCAGUCGCAACAGAGGCCAAGAGUACCGCCUUCGUCUUCUUUGGCAUCGUCCUCAUCAGCACCGUCACUGGUGUCUGUAGGGAAGGCAUCCAACUCCGCUUCUUCCACCGCAUUAUCAAAUUCCAGUCCUGGAUUCCACCGCAAUGCAUCUGUCUUUCUAUCUCAACAACAACAACAACAACAACACCAGCAACAACAACAACAACAACAGCAACAGGAAUCACAGCUACCACCGCAAAUGCAGCCAUCAGCAUGGCCUCCGGAGUACUAUACGAAUUUCAUGAACUUUUCGAAUUCAAAGUUCCCUCAGAUGACACAUUUGACUCAAUUCUUUAAAUUGUACGACGCUCCCAACCCAGCUGUUGUGGCUGCCGCUAUUGCCGCCGCAGCAAGUACAGUCGAAUCGGCGCCCCUUCGUCAUCAACAUCUUCACCAGCAAGAGCAUCAACAUCAUCUUCGUCCCGGUGGUGGCAGUAGCAGUUCUACUCAGCCCCCGCCUGCACUUCCACAACCACCGCAGUCAUCUGUUCCUGGUUCUGUGCCUGUAAGAGGUGCAAUGUCCUUCCAAGAAACAGAAACCCUCAGUGAACUGCUUCGCUUGAUAGCGCAGCAUCAUUCACCACAAUCCACUACCGGUCACCAACAUCAUCAUCACCAUCAGCAGCAACAACAGUAG